AUGUGGCUGAUUGGCACAGGACAAACUGCGCGGCGAGUAUCUUCAAAUGUGGAAGAUGGUCUCGGUCUCCACCUCAGUCAGCUGCUGCAGCACAACGGCGGCACCAGUACGGCACCUGACUCGCAUGAAGCCAUGUCCCCCCCCCCCCCCCCUCUGCUCUUUGCAAGUUGCAAGGUCACGCCGCUUUCUCCCAAGCCUGCCUGGGUCCCAGUUCCUAUGAGGGCAGCCCUCAACCUGAUGAGUGCCUUGGAGAGGUCAUGUACACGCUGGAGUUCAUGGGCUUCUUCUGCUCAUGGAUGA